AGGAGAAGGAAUCCUGCAGUGGAAGGAAGCCGACCUGGCGGGAUGGAGGGUCGGCCCAGGCCUGCGGGUUCCGGGUGGCUCCCGCGGGGCGGCCGCGGCCUCCGAGCAGCAGGGGGCGGGCUCGCCCAGGGUGGCGGCUCCGAACCGAGUGCCGGUGUCUUUCCGGCUGCACUGUGACCUCGGGCUGCGGGCUGCGUCGCCGGGCAUGGCGGCAUGGGGCCCGGCGUCCGCUGCGCCUCUGCUCCGCGGGAGCUACGGGCUCCCUGUGCUGCACUGUAUACACCGGAUGUUUGCCUCCCAGACUGAGGGGGAGCUCAAGGUGACCCAGAUUCUCAAAGAAAAGUUUCCCCGAGCCACAGCUAUCAAAGUCACGGACAUCUCAGGAGGCUGCGGGGCGAUGUACGAGAUUAAAAUUGAGUCAGAAGAAUUUAAAGAGAAGAGGACUGUCCAGCAGCACCAGAUGGUCAAUCAGUUAAAACCAGACCACAAAAAUGCUCAGGACACCUUUUAGCCACUCCCUGCCAGUGCUUCCGAAGGGCUACAGUCAACACCCAGCCGCUCGGCUCUCAGCUCUGGCACAAGGCACCACAAAGCUUGGGGACUCGGACUUGCCUUCAGCAUUGUCAUGGGAUUGCUACGCUCAGUUUAUGAAGACCACACCUGGCUAGAACGACUUGGUAACUGCUGUCUCAGGGACUGGCUGCUACUCUGUGUGUGUCCUGAUGAAGCCCCCGCCCACCACCACCACACACAUCCACACGAGCAGCUGGAUAACAUGGCUCACAGCAUCGGCAAAUGAACACUCGGUGAACUCUGACACGCUGCAGACCAGCGCCGCUUCCACCUGUCAGGCCCAACCUCUCUUGACAAUGUCACAGAAAUUAAAAGCACCAACACUCUCCUUUCAAAGAUCUAAAUGAAUGCACCAGGGUUUCAGAAUGGGUGUGUUACAUGGGAGGUGGGGGAGGAAAGAGAUCCAAUGGAGAACUGGCCCCCUCAAAGGAGGAAAGCAUUAGCAACCUGUUGAAAACGCCCGACCCUUGCACUUUAAAAUGAAGUGUAGGCCAUGCCCUGUGAGGGCUGGAGGACUGCACCAUUGUCCCUUGUGAAGAUCCAGGAAUAAGGAUGAUGAGUGGCCUGCCGUCACACUGGCUGGCUGAGCUCUGGCAGGAUGCCACCUGCCCUGAGUCAGAAAAGUCCCAGCACAAUACUACAGCACCAGGCUCCAGCACCACACAGCACAGCACCGCACCGCACAGCACGCCGGCUCUUCACAGCUUGGGUUCAACUUCUUGUUUUCAAAGAUACAGUAGCCCUUUUUCAUUAUCGACAAACUUUGGGGCGAUUUUUUUAAAAAAAUGCCACUAAGCUUCCUUCAGCCCAGUACUCACUGGCUUUAUCAAAGAGAUGGGAAGGGCUCCUAAGGAGCCUCUCGCUCCUGCUCCAGCGUGAGGUGCUGCCUAGCGAACCAGGACGCCAUAUGACUUGAUAAAUAACGGACAGAGAGUUUUCAGUGUGGAGACUAGCAAGCUUGAAGCUGUCUACUUCCAACCUGGUUUCGGGGAUAUCUAACACCAGCAUCUCCAGGCCGGGCCCCCAGAUGUCUACAGCUUCUCCCAUUCCACAGAGGGGAACGGGGUGGUCCCAAAGGCUCCCCGGCCCGUGGGAAGGAGGGAUAGACCAGGGCUACGUGCUAACCUUGGUUGUGGGGGGCAGAUGGCUGGGAGAACCUACAGCUCCCAGGAGGCUAGGCUCACCCAGCAGGAAGCACCGACUGCCGUUCCUGCCCAUCUGUAACCAUUUCUAUUGUUGCUUUUAAAAAACCCAAUAAAUACACAUUUUAAAUGGAA